AUGCGAAAGUGCGCGCGCGCCGAAAGUAGCAUUGCUUCGUCGGACUGUUACGAGGACUUCCGCCUAGCAAAGCGCCGCGCUCCUCUCAUACCCCCUCGUUGUCUCCCGCUGUCACCUGUUAACACUGACUUCGAUGCCCCAGGGCUUGUCCUUCCGCUCACAAGCGACAAUCUCGGCCAACACACGCUCAGCACAGCCAGUAUAACCAGUACAGCCACACAAGACUCGACGCCUGACAGCUCUUCACAUCCGCCGCGCCUCCAAUGGGACUCGCGCGUCAAGCUCCAGGCUUUCAGUAUCAAUGUCGAUGCAGAACGCGGCCUGCCGGAAGAUCUCAUGAGUCAUGUAAAUAACGUACUGAAGAGCAAGAGAGUCGGCCCUCGCUCACCCAACGCCCGCCUCACCAAAGAGCAUCGUCUCGCCGUCACCAAGCUCGACUUCAAACUGUUCCAAGACUUCCUGCCCCCUCCGCCUCCCAACACCAACAUGAAUCCAUUGACGAUGCUUCAGGCCGAUACCUGCAUCGGAUAUAUGUCUACUACGCAGGCCAUUAAUCUCUCCAUUAGGACUGCCUUUGCAUCUGACGAAGAAGCUGCGCUCGUCGACUUCACGCUCAACCCUGAACUCCUCUUUCCUUUCCUCAGUUUCCAACGGACAUCCGCUACUGGUGAAGCGCCGGUAAUUGCCCAUUUACGGAGCGCACCCGAUGGCACUGCGAUCGUCCGCUACCUCGACCAGUCCUACAACAUCGCCUACGAUUGA